AUGGAUGCGUACAUCACGGAAGUAUGCAAGCUUGAGAACAAGUUCUCGGGACUCAAGAUCCACCAUGUGGUUUGGGACAACAACGUGGGGGCAGAUGUGCUCUCAAAACUAGGCUCCAAUCGAGCAAAUGUCCCACCGGGAGUAUUUGUUCAUGAGAUACAUCACCCGUCCAUCAAAGCACCAGAUCAAAGCACCAUCGCUCCAUGCUCUUUUGAGCCUGACCGAGAGGUCAUGAUGAUUGAGGUCGACCGUUGGGUACCGUUCAUUGACUUUAUCAAAGAUCAGAAGCUACCCCCUGGUGUUGAUGAAAAAUGCGCUUGGGCUGCACGCAUCAUCAGGCAAAGCAAGGGUUAUGUUCUGGUCAGCGACAAGUUGUACAAGCAUGGUUCAGCAAUAGGCAUCCUUAUGAAGUGCGUUCCAGUUGACGAAGUCAAAGAAAUACAGCAAGAAAUUCAAGAAGGAAUCUAUGGCAAUCAUGCAGCAUCAAGGACGCAAGUCAAGAAAGCUUUUGCUAAUGUCGAGGAUCUUGUUCAUCGGUGUACCAAUUGGCAGUUCUUCGGCAGGUAG